AGUUUAAACCUAAUCAAUCAGACUUCAGAAUUCUAGGUGAGUAACCCAAAUCUAACUCAACUUUUUUUUUCAAUCUUGAUCAACAUAACACUUCAAAAGAAAUAAAAACCAACAAAAUGAAUAAGUUUAUUUUCUGUAGAAAAAAUAAAAUUUUAUAUAAUAUAAUUAAAUUUAAUAUUUUUCUUUACAAUCAUUUAAUAUAUAAAAUGAAUAAAAUAGAAAAAUAAAAAUAAAACCUCCACAUAAAAUUUUGAUGGAGGGUUUGAAACUGACUGGAACGAUGAUGAACCAGAGCAAGGAUACCAGUUGCAACGAUUCCCCCUCAGAGGGUCCAAACCCGUGUCCCAUAUGUCUUGGGCCUGUAGUUAAGGACUCCUAUUUGGAUCAAUGUUUUCAUAAAUUUUGCUAUGAUUGCAUUGUACGUUGGACCAAAGUGGUUGCCAGUAAACAUUGUCGCUUGUCUUCCACUAUAAAAUGUCCUUUCUGCAAGACUGAAAAUUUUUCUAUUGUACAUGGAUAUGAUGGGAGUUCUUUUCAACAACAUUACAUUAACCAGGAUUUUGGGAAAAGUUUUUCCUUUUCAAAAGCUCACAAGUAUAGAUUACAGUGCUACUACACUGAACCAGGUAUCUUAAAUGAUAAAUUCAAUGUGUCGCGGUAUUGGAAGUUCCAUAAGUAUCGUCAGCCAAAUCAGUGGCUGCAGGCUUGGUUAAGAAGGGAGAUUCAAGCUCUAAUACAGGAGGAAGAUGUUGACAUUAUUGUGCAUCACAUCCUUGGUGUGCUUGACUCAGUCAUCAAAAGAACCGAGCAAAAAGGUCAAACAAUUACACCUGAAAGAAAACAAGAAGAGUUCAAAGCUUCAGUCUCUGAUGCAGCUAGGCCUUUCCUAACAGGAAGAACAGACCGAUUUGUAAACGAGGUGGAACUAUUUCUUGCAUCAGGUUUAAACAUUGAAGCCUAUGAUGAAGUUUAUCUGCAGCAGUUGGGUUGGACCAACCCUAUGGCAACCACAGAGGGUGUAGAAGAACAGAAUGGACACACACAUGUUGUUCCUUAUUUGUACUUGUUUGACUAUGACUCUGAUGGCACUGAUUGAAACAUUUCCUUGCUAAUGUGGAAGUUGGUCUGAUUUUCUUUUGUGAA